AUGUGUGCUAGUUCAAUUGGUUGUGAAAAAGGUGUUGUGAAUUUGUAUGAUAGCCUUUUCUAUGAUGUUAUCCUUGAUGAUCUUCAACAACAAGCAGAAAAUCUAGUUGGAGAUGAUUUUCAAGAAAUUAACGUUGUACCAAUACAGCAGCAGUCAAGUGGCUCCGAUUUAUUACAGACUUUGAUAAACAUUAAAAAUUUUGGUGGCCAAGACUGAGAACCUCCAUGUGGUGACUAAUGGGCAACAAUAUGUUGUGUAAACAGAUUAGAUUAGAUUUAUUAAAAUACUUGAAUGGCAGUUCAAAAUCGAACUGAAAAACACAAGUUUACAUAGUUUAAAAAUAGAACAAAAUAUGUAUAUACAGAUUAUAGAUAGCUGGUAAUACUAAUUACAAUAACGUAGGAUUGCUAAUUUACAAAUGAUAUAUUAAUCUAUAGAAGCCUAAAAGGUUAAAAAGAGUUCCAUUUGCAUACGCAAUAUGGCAAAAGACUAUCAUUAUAGUGUUUAGUUCGGGUUUUAAAAAGAGAGAUAGAUCGGGAAUGUCUAAGAUUGUACUAAUGAUCUAAAGGUUCAGGUAAUAGAUUAAAAAUUUUGCUCGAAGUGUCACUAUAAUUAUUUUUGUAAAAAGGUCUGCAUAACAAUUCCCUUCUCUCCUCGAGAGUGGGCAACUUUAGGUCUUUGAGGCUUUCGGAGUAGGACAAGUGGGGAACAAUUUUGAACGCAUGUCUCUGAAUGUGCUCUAAUUCAUCAGUCAGGAACUUUGGUAACGACGUAUGCCAGACUGGACACGCAUAUUCCAAGACAGGUCUGAUAAAACUACAAUAUACUGUCCUAAGAUCACUCGGUUGGACACCAUUUCUUCUUAAUAUCCUUAAAGCGUACAGAUGUUUGCUUCCUUUGGAGGAUAUGUGCCUGAUGUGUGUAGUCCACUUAAGAUCUGAGGUCAAAUUUACCCCCAGGAGCUUGAUGGUAUUAACAGCCUCCAAGGGUUGGUUAUUGACAAUCAAGGGUUGUGCCAAGGGUUGAUUGAUCAAAAAUGACACGGUGAAAUCUUUAGUUUUUUUAAUGUUCAACUUCAUGUUGUUUGCACUUGACCACUGGGUCAUGUUGUCAAGUUCUUGCUGUAAUUUUGGUAGAUCCAGUUCACAUACUCUAACGACUUCAGAGAUUGCACAAUCGUCAACAUACUUGUACAAAGGCAAUUCGCUGGACAGGUCAUUGACCAUUAUAAGAAAGAACAGAGGACCAAGUUUGGUACCUUGUGGAACUCCAGCUUUUAUUUCUUUCCAAUCAGAUUUACAAGUUUUUAAUUUGACGCGCUGCUGUCUGCCUUGAAGAAAACUUGAACACCAGUUUAAUAGGACCAUGGAACAUUGAGAAGCUGUAACUUGCGCAUCAGAAUGUUAUGAUCAAUUCGAUCAAACGCUUUGGAAAAAUCAAUAAAACAGGUUCGGAUAAAGGUGUUAGGCGUUUCCAGGGCAGAGAGCCAGUAGUGGACUAAAUGCACGAGGGCGUCAGUGGUUGAAGACUUUUUCACACUACCAAACUGGAAAGGGUCGAUGUAUGACAUAAAAAUAGGUGCAAGCAAGUUGAAAACAAAAGACUCAAGAAUUUUGCUCAACACUGCAGUUAGAGAUAUAGGUCUAAGGUCCGUAUCAAUAGACUUCGGUCUAGAGAUCUUCCCCAACGGGAGGACAUCCGCACAUUUCCACAGCCCAGUGACUCGACCUUCUCUAAUAGAAGAGUUAAACAUGGAACACACAGGGAUGCUAAUAGUUGUGGCACAGGUUUUCAAGAGCCAAUUGGGAAUGUCGUCAGGUCCUCAAGCAAGUUCUACGGCAUCACAGGUAAUAAUGUACUCAUCAGGAAUGUUGGAAACAGGUAUGGGAGUAAAGUUUAGUUGUGGUAUGUCAGCAGCAACACUGCAAAAGGAUUCGUUAAUAGCGACAGCAAGAUCGAAGUCCUUCAAAACAGUGCCAUUUACUGCUAAGCUUGUUAACAGGGGAGGAUUAGAAAGUCCAGACAACAGCUUGAUUCCGUCCCACCACUUUUUAGGAUUACUCUCAUGCAUGUGAUUGAUUUUGUCAUUGUAGAAUCUUUGGCGUGCUCUCUUGCAGAGUUUUAUCACUUUAUUGCGAUAAACAUUAUAUUGGUGUAAGUCAUUAUUCAACCAAGCUUGUUGACGUUUCUUAAUAGAUUCUUUAAUAACAGGAGUAAUCCAUGGUUUCUCGUUAAGAUGAUGUUUCACAGUACGCAUGGGGAUGCAGGAAUUUCAAAGCAACAUGAACUACAGACUGGAAAGAAUCCAGUUGUUCCUCGCAUGAAUUCGGCCACAUGAGUGGCGUCGAGUUAACAGUAUUCAGAUGAGAGAUCGAUAAUCACGCUUUUGCAAUCGUGUGGUUGGUAGACUUGGAGCAUGUGUCAAAAUAGGUUGUAGUAAGAUACUGGAAUGAUCGGAUUGACCAAUAGGAGGCAGGAUGAUGGCAUCGUAGUAAGGUGACAGAGUUGAAAAAGCUUGGUCAAGGAUAUUACUUUCCCUGGUGGGCUUGGUUACCAGUUUCUUCAAUCUAAAAGAGUUGCAGAGAUUACCAGGUUUGAAUUGAUUGAAAUCACCAAAGACCAAGAUGGCAGAAUUAGGAUAGGUGGCAAGUAAAGAAUCGAAACAUUUGAAGAUAUGCAUUUGAAGAACAUGGUCAUUGCUCUGAGGAGGAUGGUAAACUGUUCCCAAUAAAAUAGAGUUGAUUCCUCGUGGUAAACGUUCCAUUCUGAUUAGAAACCAUUGACUCUCAAUUUCUGGCUCGCUCAGGUCAGUUAAUUUGGUAAAAUACCACCCCCGCAUUGGUUAUUCAGUCUAUUCCUUUGGCACGAUACAUAGCCAGGUAUACGAAUAAGGUCAUCAGUUACUCGUGAAUUUAACCAUGUUUCAGUAAUUACGACAACAUCCUAAAAUUCGGUGGAAAUUGAUGCUGAGACCUCGUCUAACUUAUUGACCAUCGAACUAACAUUACUAAACCAAAUCUUGGGGAAGCGUGGAAUUGUAACUGAUCUCCGCAAGGGGAUUAAUGAACUUUAAUCAGGGACACUGAUGCACUCAGGCCGUUUGUUUUUCCUGGGUUUCAUGAUUGUAGGAAUCGGGUAUUUGUUAAGUUCCUGGUUAUGUGAAAUGGCACUUACAAUGUUUUGAGGGGGUAAAAACGGCGAGAUUUGGGUUAUGAAUGAAUGAAUGAAUUUAAUUUGAUUUGACACCAACAUUACAAAAAUAAAAAAUAAAAAGAUUGUAAAUUACAUGCAUAUACUGUAUAUAUAAAUAUUAUAGAACUGUUAUAUAAUAGUUAGAUAUUUAAAUAAGAUAGAUAAGUUAUAUAAAUAAGUAUAGUUCGAUAAAUAAAUUUUGUUCAGUCAUCAUGUUGGUGACAAGGAAGCCUAAGACGAAACCACAAGGCUUAUAGGAGUUUAGGCUCCCUUUUAAAUGAGCACAACAUAUAUAAACACAAUUAAGGGGAAUCAGACGUUUAGAGCAUAUGAAAUUAUUUUACCAGUUUCAUAAUAUAAAUGAUGGCUAUAUUAGAUAUUUUAACAUUCUAUUCCUGAAGCAACUUAAAGUCUCUGAAUUUUUAAUGUUUUCCGGAAGGGAAUUCCAUUUUUGGGGUCCUUGGAACAAAAUAGUAAACUUCUUUAUGUUUGUACGACAUGUAUGAGGUCGAUAUAGAUUUGCAUUUCUAGUGUUGUAAGAGUGCAUGUGAUGACUAGUAAUGAAAAUAUUAUGAAAUGAAGAUGGAAGUAAAUUAUAAUGAUAGCAAUACAUGAAUUUAACAAUGUAUAAGAAAUUAAUUUUAUAAAUAUCAAGCAGAUUCAGCCGAUAAAACAGUGGUGCAGUAUGUGCUGUAAAGUCAGCGUUUGUCAAAGCUGUAACAAGUCGUUUUUGGAUUAAAAAUAAUCUUUUUACAUUUGUGACAUAGGUAGAAGACCAAAUGACGUUGCAGUAGGUCAGAUAUGGGUAGAUCAAGGUAUAAUAUAAGGAUAAUUUAGUUUUCAUAGACAAUAGAAAACGUGAUCUAUAGAUUAUGCCGGUGGAUUUUGAGACUUUUUUGCAGAUGUGAUCAAUAUGAAAUUUCCAUGAAAGAUUUUCAUCUAUAAAAACUCCAAGGAACUUUACCACUCGUUUUUGCGUAAGCUUAUUUUCAUUAAACAUGAGCGGUAUCAUAAUAGUUUUUAAUUUCUUUUGUUUUGGUUUAAAAAUAACGUAGUUUGUUUUCUUGGUAUUAACUGACAAUUUAUUCGCCUUCAUCCACAAGCUAAUACUACUCAAUUCUUGAUUUAAGACAGUAGCUAACACAAGUGGAUCAGAAUGUGAGUAGUAAAUACUUGUAUCAUCUGCAAAUAAUAAUGGUUCCGCUAAUCGCAAGGCAUUCGGAAGGUCAUUAAUAUAUAGAAUGAAAAACAGUGGUCCUAAUAUGGAACCUUGAGGAACGCCACAUUGAAUAAUCUGUUUGGAAGAGGAAACAUCAUGCUGUACAAAUUGUUCACGAUUUUCAAAAUAGCUUUUAAUCCACUGUAACGCCACACCACGAAUGCCAUAACGUUCAAGCUUAGAAAACAAUAUUUGGUGAUUUAAUGUGUCAAAUGCUUUAGACAGAUCUACAAAAACACCGGCUGUAAUUUUAUUUUGAUCAAUAGCAGUUGCAAUCUUGUUAGUCAAAUGAAUUAAAGCAAAAUUAGUUGAAUUAUUUUUACGAAAACCAAAUUGAUAACAAUACAAUAUUUCGAACUUUUCAAUAAAUUCAAUUAGUCGAUUGUACAUUACCCUUUCAAAGAUCUUCGAAAAGUUUGAUAGAAUUGAAAUAGGUCUGUAAUUAUUAAAAAGUUUUGGGUCAUCGGCUUUAUAAAUAGGGAUAACUUUAGCCGUUUUUAAUUU